CGGGAAGUUGUUGAAGACGAUUGCAAGCAAACGCCUCAUCUAGAUCUGUGGCUGUGCGUGGAAGAGAUUUCCCCUUGAUGACGUCUUUCGUGAUCUCGAAUGUUUAUUGGUCAAACGCGCAGAUUCGCAACAUCUCAACACAUUAAACCUCUUGUUCUUACGUUUUUGCCAUUUGACAUCAUUCUUACCCCAGAUUCAUUCGUUUCCCACGACUUGAGAACAACGCCAACUCGAUGAACAACGUGAAUCGGUGACCAGAAAUCCGAAAAAGUGGUAGACCGCCAGUGACCUCUUGAGGUCCCUUCUCAAGCCGACCAUGACCAUCAUCGACACCCACAAGGACCUCUCGGCUCUCUUUUCGAAGCAGGUCCAGGCUACUCCAGAAAAUGUGGCCUUAGAGGACGACAAAGUCACUUACACCUAUGCCGAACUAGAUCAGAAAGUCGACGACCUCGCCAAUCGUCUUCGUCAACAUGGAGUCGGUCGAGACAAGCUGGUUGGUGUGUUACUUCCUCGAAGUGCCAACUACGUAAUCACUUGCUUGGCUGCCCUGCGUGCCGGAGGUGCUUUCCUUGUCCUCGAGCUUGCAUACCCUCCAGAUCUCCUGGUCGACGUUAUUGAAGACUCCAAACCAGCGGUCGUGGUCACCUAUAGGGCCGAGAUCGGCAAGAUCAAAGACCGUGCUCCCAUUAUCGUGCUCGAUGACGAGAAAGAGACCGAAGCCAACGGGCACACCGAAGAGCCUUCCCCUCUGCCUCCCGAUGAUGACCUGGACCGCCUAUCCUUUGUUGCAUACUCGUCAGGUACAACCGGCAAGCCCAAGGGCAUCGCAAACCCCCACAAAGCCCCCGUACUUUCCUACAACUUGAGGUUCGGGAUCAGCAACCUUAAUCCGGGAGACCGUGUCGCUUGCAAUGUGUUCUUUGUCUGGGAGAUCAUCCGUCCACUCCUGAGAGGGGCAACUGUCGUCGCCGUUCCUGACGAUGCGAGUUACGACCCUGCUGCUUUAGUCGAUUUGCUGUCCUCGAAGCAUAUCACGGAAACACUGAUGACACCAACUCUGCUCGCAGCCGUUCUCUCUCGACACCCAGAGAUUGGUAAACGUCUCCCAGAGCUUCGAACGCUAUGGCUGAACGGUGAAGUCGUCACAACCGACCUAGCCCGCCGAGCUCUCAAAGCUAUGCCAAAUGUGCGACUGCUCAAUUGCUAUAGUGCUUGCGAGACCCACGAGAUCGCCUGUGGGGACAUCAAAGAAAUGCUCGAUGACAGUGCCAACUAUUGUCCUGUUGGACCACCCCUGGAUCCAAAGCACACUUAUAUCAUCGACGACAGUGGUCAGAGGGUCGAAGAUGGAGCUAGCGGAGAGCUUUGCAUUGGUGGACCUUUACUUGCUCGCGGCUAUCUCAAUCGUCCAGAAACCACAGCCAAGGCUUUCACACCUGAUCCCUUCGACUCGACACCCGGCGCUCGAAUGUAUAGAACAGGUGAUUUGGCACGCUUGCUGCCGUCGGGACUUCUCGAAAUCACAGGUCGGGUUGGUGCGAUGAUCAAGCUCCGAGGGUACUCUGUGGUACCCGGCAAGGUCCAGAAUGCAAUCGUUGCAAACUUGCGUGUCCGUCAAUGUGCUGUGGUGGCUCAUGGUGAAGGUCUGGAACGGCAGCUAGUGGCCUAUAUUGUCCCCGAGAAGGGAAAGGCCGAUGAUCGUGAAGAAGUGGUGAUCAACGACUCUGGCCACAGCCCAGGAGCACGUCGUGCAUUGUCUGCAUAUCUGGCUCAUUAUAUGGUUCCGGCGUUAUGGGUUGAGCUCGAUGUAUUACCCACUCACGAGGUGUCAGGGAAAGCCGACCUCAAAAGCCUUCCUCCACCUCCGACUGGGAAUGCCACCCCUGUCAAUGGUCAAAAGAAGACCGCAUCAUCAGAUACUAUCAGUAUCGAAUCGAUUGCUGAAGUCUGGGCGGCCACCUUGAAGAUAUCACCAGCCAAUAUCUCAGGUGAGAACAACUUUUUCGACUUAGGUGGACAUUCUCUAUCACUUGCGGAUCUUGCUUCGAGAUUAUCCAGGAACUUCGGAUUCCGGAUACCUCUCGCUCGGCUAGUUGAUCCAGCUACGCUAAAUGGCCACUUGGAGACUGUGCGCGCUGUACGAGAUGGUCAAGUUGCGGCCGUGCAAGCAGACCUACCUGCUGUUCUGCGUGCAGAUUCCGUCCUCGACAAGGAAAUACAGCCGACAAAUGCAACCAUUCGUGCCCUGAACAAGGCAGAUACUGUACUCUUAACAGGUGCGACUGGUUUCUUGGGUGCCUUCCUGCUCAAUGAUCUGUUGGCAACCACAUCGGCCCAGAUUAUCUGUCUGGUUCGCUUCAAUGAUCCGUCAGAAGAAGAUGCACCUGGUGGUAUUGCAAGACUCCGCAAGCACUUGCUGGACUUGGGAAUAUGGAGUGACUCGAUGAUGGAACGUGUGGAGAUCCUGCCCGGCAACUUGUCGCGCAAACGCUUUGGCCUGUCCCAUCAAGCCUUUGACGAACUGGCUGCUCGUGUCCAAGUCAUCAUCCACGCUGCAGCUACGGUCAACCUUGUAUACCCUUAUGCUGCUUUGCGAAACUCAAACGUUGGCGGCACACGAGAGAUUCUGCGUCUGGCUUGCAAGGCUUCUGCAACUGUCCAAUACAUCUCCACCAAUGGUGUUUUACCGCCGUCACAAACUGGAUGGCCCGAGGGCACGAUGUUGUAUGUGGACGAAGUCCCAGAGAAGCUGCACGACGGAUACGGCCAAAGUAAAUGGGUCGCUGAGCAGCUUGUUCUUGAAGCUGGUCGUCGUGGACUGCCAGUGAAGAUCCAUCGGGCAGGCACAAUCAGUGGCCACAGUCUCACUGGUGCAGCCAAUGCAUGGGAUCUUUUGUCUGCGUUGAUCGUGGAGUCACUACAUCUUGGUUAUGCCCCGGAUGUUGAAGGCUGGCGUGCAGAGAUGACUCCUGUUGACUUCGUCAGCAAAGCCAUCAUCCAUCUUUCCAAUCAGACCCACGCCAAGCAACUCGUGUUUCACUUGGGCGAUCCAGACCCUGUCGAUUGUCGGAAAGUCUUCGAAGAUCUCAAAGAGCUAGGAUACCCCACUGAGCGGCUUGGCUUUGAUGAAUGGGUAGCACUAUGGAACGAGAAGAGAAGUUCAGCGAAAGGAGGUGAGGGCGCCUUCACCGUGGACAUCCUGCGCAGUGGUAUGCCCAACGUCGAUUUCCUAAGGGGCAUCGUCGUGCUCAACAACGCUGCAACGAGACCUUUUAGAGCUGUGGUCGAGCGACCAAAGGUCGACCUGGUCCUGCUUGAGACAUACACACGCCACUGGUUUGCCAGGGGAUGGCUACCUCGACCACCUUCAAGCCACCAGUCUCUCGGCGGUUCUGCUCACCCUACACGCCGAGGGCCUCUGGCUGGACGUGUAGCUGUCAUUACUGGUGCCUCUUCAGGCAUCGGAGCCGCUGUUGCCGUGGCCCUAGCUCGAGAAGGAUGUCAUGUAGCUCUUGCAGCUCGACGACUCGACGCUCUUGAAGCGGUCAAGCGCAGACUCGUCGUCCGGGAAGGAAAGGUUAUCAUCCGCAAGACCGACGUAACAGACAGAAAACAGGUCGAAGCACUUAUCAACGCUACACAUGGCGAACUUGGUCCCGUGGACAUCCUCGUGUCGUGCGCUGGUGUCAUGUACUUCACCAUGAUGGCCAACACGCAGGUCGAUGAGUGGGAUCGGACCGUUGACGUCAACUGCAAGGGCCUGCUGCACUGUCUGUCAUCAACUGUGCCAGGCAUGCUCUCGCGAGGAAGUGGUCAUAUUGUUGCCAUCUCGUCUGAUGCCGGGCGUAAAGUCUUCCCUGGUUUGGGUGUUUAUUCAGCGAGCAAAUUCUUCGUCGAAGCCACCUUGCAAAGCUUGCGACUCGAGACGGCCGGCAAAGGACUCCGCGUUACCAGCGUGCAGCCAGGAAACGUCGCCACUGAUCUGUUGGGCAUGUCGACCGACGCCGAAGCCCUCAAGAAAUACGGGGAACCAUCAGGCGCUGAAGUUCUCGACCCGGAAGAUGUGGCCAACUCGAUCGUCUAUGCGUUGAAGCAACCUGCACAUGUCGCUGUGAAUGAGGUCUUGAUAGAGCCUAGAGAUGAGCCGAUAUGAUCAGGGAUAAAAGUCAUCUGGGACAUUCUAGGAUGGAAAAAGUGAUAGAACAAAAAGUACACAGGCUACAUAGUUUUAGAUAGACUGUCAGCGGCUUUGUCAGUGAAAAGUCAUGUCUCCAGUGCUGCUUGGACGGUAUAAAAUACUGCUUCAUCUGC